AUGCUGUGGACGUCUGGAUGCUCGUUAAUCGUGUUGUUGAUAACGGUAGCGUCGUGCAUGGACGCAAAGACGGACGAUUUCAUGGAAGAUGGAACGAUCACAGGAGUGAUCUCCACUACCAGUUCGACACCGGUGGUGGUCACGACGAUAUCCGGCUUAAAUAAAGUCGAGAAGAUGCCGGUUAAUUCGUCAAACGUUGUAAAAAGUCCGGACAAUGAAAAUAUUCCAGACUCGUCCCACGCACCCUCGCCUUCGUCUGACACGGUUUGGGAGUGUCCAAAUAUUACAAAAGCGGGCGUCGAGUGCUCCUGCGACUUUCCACACACCUUGAGAUGCACCGGCGAUAGAACAGCUCUGCAGGCCAUCAGCGCGUACUUGAAAUUCAGUCGUCCAGGGACGAUCUCUUUGCUGGACGUAACCGUGACUGGGAUCUCCUUAUUGCCCGCGUGUUUCCUCGAGGAUGUCGCUCUACAUGGUCUCGUCGUUUCUACCGGGGAAUUGAGAUGCGUCCAUAAGAACGCUUUUAUCGGCCUCGUCAGACCUCUUCAGGCACUUGGACUACCGAAUAAUCUUCUAGAUUCCGUUCCUACCGCUGCCUUGUCGCAUUUGAUCGGCCUAGAAAGAUUAGAUCUGUCUCAGAAUCAGCUGGAAACGCUGGAAGCCGAAUCUUUCAAGGGCUUGUCGAACCUGACUUACUUGGACCUGUGCGACAAUUUAUUGUCGCAACUAUCGCCUCAAGCGUUCACCGCGUUGCCUUCGUUGCGCUCUCUGAGGAUGCGUGGUAAUCGUUUGAGCGUGUCGGCAUUGUCAGCGUUGAAAGGUCUGAAAAGUUUGGAAGAACUGGAUCUAUCGAACAAUUUGUUACUGGGUUCCAUGGGACCGAAUCUUCUCCCUCAAAUGCCAAGAUUACGUUUCCUCACCGUGUCCGAAAAUGAACUGGUGAACGUGCAGCAAGGAGCUCUCGUAGGAUUGGCAAAUCUAACUUAUCUCAGCUUGAGCCACAAUCAGAUCGACGUACUGGAGGAUCAUUCUUUCAAGUAUUUGUCCAACCUCACCAGACUCGAUUUGGCGAACAAUCGUAUCGUAGCCGUGUCCAGCUCUUCUCUGGCUCAUUUGGAAAAAUUAACUACACUGGACUUGACCCAUAAUUUCCUUCGAUCUCUAACUGCGGACUUGGUGGUGCCGUUAAAAAGUCUUCAAGAUCUACGUCUAGACGAUAACGAUAUUACACUGGUAACCAGUGAUGUUCCAACGUCGAAAUUACGAUUGAAAAGGCUCUCCUUGGCUGAUAAUCCUUUGAACUGUGACUGCACACUUCUCGAGUUCGCCAAUUGGUUGAGCAAUUCCAGUUUAAACGAGGAAGAUAAAUCGUCCGCCGUGUGCGCGACACCACCCGCUUUGGAGAACGGUAUAUUGACUCAGGUCUCUCCCGGUAGUCUCCUUUGCGGCGAGCCGACACCGCCAAUCAUGACCGGACUGCCCCUGGCCGAUGCUCAAUUAAAACUGAAAGAAUUUCAUUAUGACAAAUCGGCCGGUAUCAACCUUUUAUGGCACGUCGAGCUCUGCACGGAACGAUACACCUGCAACUCUUUAAUCGUUUACGAGACCAUAGGCGACAGCGAGGUGCAAAUUGACUCUAGGCCUUUACAUUGUAAUUCACGAAUGAUGAGGGAUCCUUGUUUGCUUCCUGUUGCCAUACGCCCAGGCCAUAAGUAUCGUUACUGCGUGACACUGUUGGUACCGAUCAGCUAUGACGACGUUUCCUUGGGUCUGGGUUGCAGUGACGUGAUCACUCUUGAGGAGACCAAACGAGAUCUCCAACAAGAUCAAGAAACACCGUCGUCAGAGUCGUCAGCUUUAGACACCAGAAUCACCGGUGUGCACGUUAACGUGUCCGAUCAAGGAUUCAUGCAUGUAGACGUUAGUCUUUCACCCUCGAAGAAGUCCAGUCUGCCGGAGUGUGAAUUGUCCGUUGUCGUUUUCGACGCUGAAUCAGCGGUGCACAGGCAAAAGUUAAACUGUAGCCUGACGUUCGUGACGUUGUCCGCUGUAUUGUUGCCUGGCUGUUACAAAGUUUGCGCAAGUCUCGAUGAACUGAACGAAGAAGACGUGAUCGCGAAUUACGCGGACAAUCGGGAUAGGCUGCGUUGCGUGGAAGUGCAAGGUUUUAAGCAGAACACAGAGAUUAUUGUUAUGGCGAUCAUCGGGGCCAGUUGUGCUCUUUUGAUCAUGCUCGCGGCAAUUGGUCGAAGCGUGGUGAAAAGGGUGAGGCACCCGAGGAUACAGACUCAAUGCUUUUUACCUGCACAGGAAUUUGAGAUAACUCAUAAGGCGCAUUACAUCAAAUUGCUGGCUACGACGAAGGUUUAA